AUGACCUCGAACAACCCCCCUUCUACAACCCCAACUACUCCAACCUCUGCCCUCGUCAAUAACCUCUUCACCCCUGACAACCGCAUCCCCGUCCCUCGCGUCUUGCUCCCUCCGGCGAGUAUUCAGAUGUCUCUGGAGAAUGGCAAUGCCUGGGCUCAGAUGAAAGCCAAGGAGAAGCUGCAGAAGAAGCAGCAGGCUCUGGAAAAAGUCGCCAUCCCCCUCAAAGGCCCCGUCAUGCCAAAGCCACCCCCCAAGCCAGCCGGCGAUUACCGCAAAUUCUCUGGCCUGAACUACGACCAGGAACUGGCUCUGCCUAUGCCCAAGCCGCCCCCUCGUGGUCAAUCCGACAAGGUACCCCCCGCGACCCCGGAGCCCAAACCCACCGCGCAUAAACUGCACAAGCGUGGUAGUCCUGGAAAUACCAUGGACGAGAGAGACGACAAGGACAAGGAGAGAGAUAAGGAUAAAGAGAAAGAGAAGAAGAAAUCGCGCGUCGCAGCCCUCAAAUCCAAAUUCUCCCUCAAGGAUAUCGGAAAGGAUCUCCGUAAGGAUGGUCCCCUGACCAGCUUGCCGGCUAUCCCCCACAGUGGGAGCGAGGGCGGCAGCGAUGACGAACAGACUCCUAAGACGGUCGUCUCUGUCACUCAUGAUAUCCAGAAGACCCGUCUCUAUGUUCCCAAAUUGGAGGAUACCGGCGUGCAUCCCAUGUCGGCGCCUGCGAAGCUGACGUCCAACUGUGAGCCGAGACCGCUUCUUUCUCCGGAUGAGACUACCCCCCUUCGUUCGGCGGGGGUGCAGAUUCCGGAGUACGUGUCUGCAAAGGGCACCGACAGUUCCCUCUUCGAGGAGUCGCCCGCUGCCAACCGCGCAGCGAAGCUCAACAAGAAUGCCCCGGAUUCGUUUGAUACGCCCAAGGCCCCGCCUAGCACCCCAGAGAGUGUGGCUCAGCUGCCUGCUGUUUGCUACUCUCCGUCUUUGUACGAGGACGAUCGUAUUGCUAGGCCGCACUCGCCUGGCGAGGACACCGAGGCGGAGCCCCCCAAGCCAGGACAAGUUGGCACUGCUGAGCAGAAAGACAUCGAUGCUCCUGCUUCAGCUACCAACGCCAAUGCAGACCAGGCAGAUCAGGAUGACACCACUGAGCGGAAAGCCAUUGAUACUCCUGCUCCAUCUACUGAACCCAAGGCCAAUACAACCAAAGCAGGCCCGGAUGCCACCGCCACCCAGAAGAAAGUCGCGGAGACUCUGGCUGCCCUAGCGACCAUACCCAAGACCGACUACACCUAUCCAUUCAUCGUGUCAUCCGACCCAAGGCCGCCUCAGACGAACGUCCCUACGACCGCAUCUCACUAUGAAAACACCCCUUUCACUGCCACCCCCGCUGAAAAUGCCCCCAUCCCGAUGGCGUUCGACCACCAGGCAUCCAUGUCCACCGCCGCAGUCUACGACCCCAACCAAACCUGGUGGCACCAGCAUGCCCUCUCCGCCCACGAGCAGUACGCCCCCUACGCCUACACCAGCUACGGCGGGUACGCGCCGCCGCCUCCUGUCCCGGGCUACCAGAACACCAUGUCGCUGGAGCAGCAGCUCACCGACAAUGUCAACUCUCUGCACCACCACAUAACGGGGGCCAUCACCAAGAUCAACAAGACCUUCGAUAGCACGCACAGCCGCACACUGGACCAGAUCAUGCCCCAGCUGGAGAGCAUCACUGAUGCGAUUCGCGGCUGGAAUAGCGAGGCUGCAAGAAUUAGGGAGUUGAACCAUGCGAUGGGCCAGUUCCGCUACCAGGUUGCUGUCAUGCAGGACCAGAUGUUCCAUGUCAAUCAGAGUCUCUCGCUGCUUGUUAGUGGGGUGGACACUCUGCAGAGAGAUGCCUCUAGAAGGGAGAAUGGGGGAGAGGGAAAGCCUAGGGGAAGGAAUCAGCAGGCGAGAAAGGGUCCUACGCCUGCUGGCCGUAGAACCACCAACAGGAGAGACAACCGUUCUUCUACUGUUGCUUCUUCUGCGGAGCGCGAGACUAGUGAUAUUGGCGAUAACGUCCCAACUCCAGUUGCUGCGUUCCGUACGCCCAUUCCUUCGUUCAUCCAGGACUCCAACGCCCAGAUUGAGCCGAACAACACCAAGGACGCCAACGAAGAAAAUAACAAGCGCAAAGACGGCACAAAAGACAAAUACUACCUGCGCACCCGACCCAACUACCCCAAACGAUCCGACAAGGGGUCUUGCAACGAGGCAAGGACAGACUCUGGGGCCACCAAAGCGGCAGACACCACCAAAGACACCACCCCGAACAAUGCUGCAGCAGCAGGAACAAUUACAACCCAGUCCGACACCGAGACCAAAGAAACCUCCCCUCUGUCGCCCAUGUCCAUCGCCAGCGAGCACCGUCUCAACGAGCACAACGCCAACCACGCUCCGAUUCCGAUCCCUGCUGCUGCGUCCGCAACCCCACAGAGACGCAACCUACGCGGCUCGGUCUCGCUCCAGAACUUCAACGUCGGUAACCCUUACGCUCCUGCUCAGGCGACUUAUCAGCCGUAUAGAGUUCCUGGGUCGGGGCCUCAGUACCCUUCUGUUAGUGGUGGUGGUGGUGGUGGUGGUGGUAAUCAUGGAAGAGGUGGUGCAGGGAUGCAGUGUGGUCGUCCUGGGUCUGGACCUGGACCUACUGUCCCUAAUACACCUCAUAUGCAAUAUGCUGGUGGAUGGAAUGGCUAUAGCUAUGGGAAUGGUCAUGGGAUGUCGUGGUAUUAUGGACAGGAGCAGGGCCUGGCGUAUGGCGCGUGGUAG